AUGGCCGCAGCUGCACCUACCCUCCACUCUCAGGACCUUCAGUGGCUCCUCGUCCGAAAGACCAACUCUUACAUCGUCAAGCAGAAGGGACUUGGCAAGGUCUUCUCUCGUGAGCCCUCCAACUUGGCCCAGAUCCACAGCUACACUUACUCUGGCCUGGUCAACAACAAGGCUGUCGGCAUUGAGCCCGCCUCUUCGGGCAAGGGCAUCGUCAUCUCCACCAAGAAGUCGAAGUCGCCUUCCAACAAGAUUGCCGGCACCUGGAACACCCAGACCAUCAAGAAGGGUGGUUCUCGCCGAUACGCUGGUGCCGUCGCCAACGUCGUUGGCAAGAAGGGCUACCGUGCUGACCUCCUCAAGCCCGCUGUUGCCCGUGCUUCGAUCAUCUCGCGCAGCCAGCGCCCACGCAAGGCCGCUCUGCCCCAGAAGCCCCGUGGCAAGAAGGCUGCUGGUGUGACUGCUGCUCCCGCCGCUACCGAGGAGGCUUAAAGCGGCUCCUCUGUCCCACUCCUUUUGCCCUUUGCCUAGGAUGAGGAUGGACUAGAUUACACCAUCUGUCCUUCCUUUGGGCCCCUUGUGCCUCUCCGUGUCACUUGUAUCAUUUUCCUUGCCAUCGAUUGCACC